CGAUCGCGACGGACGUCGCGUCGUCGUCGUCGCGGGCUCCUGAAACGCGCAGUUACCGCGAACCACUGCUCGGCGAAAAAAGUGCGUGCGCGCGUGCCGCUCCGCGAACCGAGGAUGCCAGUCGGGCCGUGCGCCGCCGUCGGCCCGGGAGUCGUCGUCGCGUUGCUCCGAUGAGAGGACGUGAGGCAGCAGACUGGAAGCGCAGUGUCCACCAGCGGAUGCGACAGCCAACAUGGACUCCCAUGUCGGUCUCGACUACAUCGUGGAUAAUCCUGAUUAUUGCGUCAAGCUCGCCUCGGCACUGGACACGGCGUGUCCGUCCGUGAAGAAGCAAGUCGUGGAGUUACUGUCGGCGCUGUGCGUCUACAGCCAGGAUGGCAGGCAGAGAGCCAUCGAUACUCUUCACACCUACCAGGAGCGGAAGGGCGAGCGUUAUCGAUUGCGAGUCGUGGUAGACGAGCUGCAGAAAGCGACGGCCGAGGAUUACCAGACCGCGCUGCUGGCGUUCAUAAAUUGUUUGGUCAUCUCGACGCCGGUGCUCAAGGAUCGCAUACGCAUUCGCAACGAGUUCAUCGGACUCAAGCUCCUGCCGAUCCUGAACGAGCUACGGAAGAGCCACGCGCCGGACGUGCGGGUGCAGCUGGACGUCUUCGACGAUCAACGGGAAACCGACGAGGAGCUCACUAAUCACGGGCCACCCGGGAUCGACCUCUCCUCCCACGUGGACGUCUUCUACGCCAUCCUCGGCCAAGUUGCAGACACUCCGCAGGAGAUACCGUUCCUGAGUGUCCUGCAGCAUCUGCUGCGACUCGACCCAAAGGACGCCGCCAGCGAUCUGGCAUGGGACACCGCGGAGACUCUGGUGCACCGCGCCACGUUGCUCGAGAGCCGCGAGGACGCGACCAAGUUGCUGAGGUCGCCUAGUCUUCAGACGAAUCUAUGCUGCCACUGCCGCGGCGCCGACCAGACGUGCGGAACGUCGCGCAAAGCGUCGCUGCCGGCGAGCAAUCCGACGCCACCCCUGCCGCCACCGCCGCCACCCCCGGCGGCACCGACUCCGCCGACACCCCCGAACAUCGGCUUUGUCUUGCCGCCCCCGCCUCCGCCGCCGCUCUUCGCCAACAUCGUCACCGCUGAUGCCGCGAUGGAGCCUCCGAUGCCGCCACCUCUGCGUGUACCUCCGGUCGCACGCGCGCCUACCCCUGAGCCGCCCAGCAAUCAUGCCAGACUGCUGCCGCAGCAAGAGAUUCCCACCCCCAAAACGAAGAUGAAGACCAUCAACUGGAACAAGAUACCGAAUCACAAGGUGAUCGGCAAACGCAAUAUCUGGUCCCUGGUGGCGAAUGAGCAUCAGAACUCUCCGAUGGCAGACUUGGACUGGGCCGAGAUGGAGGGCCUGUUCUGCCAGCAAGCACCGCCGAUGGUACCGCCGACGACCUGUGCCUCCUCGUAUGGCAUCGGCGUCGACACGGAGCGACGUCGCCGGGAACCGACGGAGAUUGCGUUACUCGAUGGGAAAAGAAGCCUGAACGUGAACAUCUUCCUGAAGCAAUUUCGGAGUUCAAACGAGGAUAUAAUCCAGUUGAUCAAAGACGGCGGUCACGACGACAUCGGCGUCGAGAAGCUGCGCGGUCUCUUGAAGAUCCUGCCGGAGGUGGACGAGCUCGAGAUGCUGAAGAGCUUCGACGGCGACAAGUCGAAGCUCGGUAACGCCGAAAAGUUCUUCCUGCAGCUCAUCCAAGUGCCGAAUUACAAGCUGCGCAUCGAGUGCAUGUUACUGAAGGAGGAGUUUGCCGCGAACAUGAGCUACUUGGAGCCGAGCAUCAACUCGAUGAUUCUCGCCGGCGAGGACCUCAUGACGAACAAACCCCUGCAGGAGGUGCUGUACAUGGUCUUGGUCGCCGGGAACUUUCUCAAUUCUGGCGGUUACGCUGGCAAUGCGGCGGGCGUGAAGCUGUCUUCGCUACAGAAGCUCACCGAGAUUCGAGCGAACAAGCCAGGGAUGAAUUUGAUACAUUACGUGGCACUGCAAGCCGAGAGGAAACGGAAGGAUCUGUUAAGUUUUGCGAAGAAUAUGACUGCCUUAGAAGCAGCGACAAAAACGACGAUCGAACAAUUAACCAACGAAUUCAAUAGCUUGGACACGAAGAUCAAGAAGAUCAAGAGUCAGAUCCAGCUCUCUUCGACCGAAAGCGAUAUUCAGGAGCAGAUGGCACAGUUUCUUCAGAUGGCCGAGCAAGAAAUGGCGCAGUUGAAGAGGGACAUGGAGGAGCUCGAGGGAGUGAGACGAUCGCUCGCGGAAUUCUUCUGCGAGGACACGAACACGUUCAAGAUCGAAGAAUGUUUCAAGGUGUUCCAUCAGUUUUGCCAGAAGUUCAACCAGGCUGUCGCGGAGAACGAGAGGCGGCGUAUCCAGGAAGAGCAGGUCCUAGUACGUCGCAAACAGCGCGAGGAGCAGUUGCUGGCGAGAAAACGACUGCUAAACAAUCAAGCGGAGACACCGGGCUCGGAAUCGGAAUGCAACCUGAUGGACUACGGACUUUUCGAUCUCCAUACCGGUUUACCUCAGCGAACUUACGGCCGCAGCGAGGCUAAGAUGAAAAGAUUGCAGAAUGGCGGCGUCACGUCGGACGAGGACGUCUCUGUCACAGGAUCGCCGAGUAUCCGACGUCGUUUAGGAUCCUGCUCCGGCGGUCCCGAUCAACAAUCUACCAAAGAAGACACGUACUCGCCAGAUAUCACGCCUAACGGCACGCUUCGCCGACGCAGGAGCAGGAUACCCUGCGAGGACGAUGACGGAAAUUUAAUGGACUUCUUGCGCACCUCCGGCCAAGAUAACACGCGGGAAAGGAAGUCGUGGGGAAGUUUAGACCGAUCGUGGGCGCGGAGAGCUCGCGGACAGUCACGAAGAGGGGAUCUUCUGAACGCCGAUUUCUCGGGCGACCGGGAACGACCGAGCUCGCCGUCUCCUCUCGCGGAGAGCAAGCCGUUUCUACAGGAGGAGGAAGUUAAACCGACCGGGAAAGCGUGGCGACAAAAGAUCGAGGCGUGGCUGUCGGAGAACGAGAAGGAGGAUCGUGCGGGCGAGCAGCUUCAGAGAAAAGCGAAGCAGUUGCACCAGGCGAACCGACGGUCCUUCGAAGACUCAGAAAGCGAAGGCAAGAGCUGCGCGACGAACACCUUGGCGGAAGACCAGUCCAUACACGAGGGAUUCUCCGAAGUUUACGACUGGCGGCCGUCCGUCGAGAAGACCGACGUGAUGCGCACAAUGGAAGCCAUCGAAGAAGCCCAACCACUCUCGUCCCAGGACAAGUCGCCCUGGCGAAAGUCGAGCUUAAACGUACCAAAUAGUAUGGAAGAGACUGAUCCACGUUAUUCCCGUAGACUUAGGUCCAGGCUCAGCACCGAGAACGCUCUCGUCCCGAGCACACUGCAGGCUAUCAGAGAGGAAGACAGAAAGAAGAACAAGAUCACUGACACGAUCAACUCGGACACGCAGGACGAGCUGACGAUCUACCUCCGACAACCUUACACCGGGUCGCAAGCACCGGCGACGCGGCGCUUCUCGAAGCUCGGCAAGAAGCCCACCGACGAGGAGAGAAUCAGCGAUAAAAUCGAAAUCGAUUCGGACAACAUCGAGACGCCGCCGGCGACUAGACGGUUGUUCAGUCCGCCGAAGGAUGUAAAGCCCGUGGAGAAGGAGCCCUGUAAGCGAGAACGUUGCAGUAGUUCCCUCCAGAGAGAGACGAAGACUGCGAUCCUGAAGCCCGUCGGUUCCAGCACGGAUCUCGGUAACGGCAACUUCGACAGGUACUCAGCGACGCGGCGAACCCGCAGGUACAAGAAGAGCCAGGAUCCUGGGGACAAGUCGGACGCGUCCAAUCCCGAGCUGGUGUACGAGGAGAAGCCGGCGCAACGGCCCAGCACGUUGGCUCUGAACGACAACGAGGUGAACAAAGCGAACAACGACGAAGAGGAGGAGGAGGAGGAGGACGGUAUGUUGCGCGUCUGGCAAGACAAGUUGAAGCGACGUGGCGACACGUCGUCGUGCGACAUCGACGCCGCGCUGGCGGAGAUCGCGCGCUCCGGUGAGGACCUCCAGCGUCUGUCACGUUCGACCACCGGCCACAGGAGUUCGCGGCUGCCGGUCAGCCAUCCGCCACCGCCGGUGGUGGCGGUGACCAAUACCGUGUUAAGCCCGGUCAUGCAGGAGUCGCGACCUCGUGAACCGGUCACGGUGCUCGCCGAGCGGGCGGUGACGAGUCGGGAACGUCAUCGCAGCAUGAUCGACCCGAGCCAGGUGAAGGAGGCGGUUCGUCUGACCAGCAGCCCUCCCGUCGUCCAGGUGAACCAACAGCUGCCGGACACCUUCCAAAGAAACGAGAGUUCCCCGCAUGAUCCCCGCAAGCAGGAUCAAACGCGAGCGCGGGACAACAACGCUCCGAUCGCGGUCCCGGACGAAGAGGAACGCGCGAACCUGGGUUUGAAGAGCAGCCGCUUGGCAUCUCGGAAGGAUAACAUGGUCGUUCUUCAGGCGGACGAUUCUCGCGACCGCGUGCUCGUGACGCGACAGAGCUCCGUGUACCGCGGCUCCCGGUACAUCCCCGACAUAAGCGUCACGUCCUCGGCGUCACCGUGCGGCAAAGGCAGGGAUCAGGAGCUGAACGACGAAGGUUUCGAAGAGACUCAGAGCCUGGUGUCGGAGACUCUGAGCCAGGAGACGUCCUCCGGUAACUAUGAGACCGACACGCACGACUCGACGCGGUGCUCGCCGGCCGAGCUGGGUUACGCCGGUGAGAAACGCCGCCGUCGUGAGGACGACGACGACGACGACCUGGACGGCCGACGACGCUCGUCCGUCGGCGGCAAGCUUCCGAAAUCGCGGACGGACAAGAGCGCGUCGCGGGCCGUCCCCGCGGAGAAGUCCAGCUUCCUGCCGAAACGUACGGCGAGCGGUGGCGCGAAGCGCGAGACCGCGUUGAGGAAGAGCGAGUCCCUCCGAGAGAAGAGGACUGUGAGCAACGUGCCGAGCAAACCCGCGUCCACCACCCGGAACGAGGUGGAACGCUCGGGCUCGCGCAGCAGCCUGCGCAGCUCGCGGAGCUCCCUGAACAGCGCGACGUCCGUGAACACGGUGCGCAACCUGGCGUCCAGCCAGCACGCGCAUUUACGCAGCUACACCUCGGCCAUCCGCGCGCUCACCAACGACCUGAGGAAGAGCCCGUCGAGCAGCCCGUUGCCGCCGAAGGACGCCGACAAAAGGCGGCCGGGCCAGCCGCGAACUACAGUCAGCAGGAUACCCGCCAGCAGGAGCAGCAGCAGCGGCAGCAGUGUCGGCCCGGCGGCGAAAACCCUGCGGAAGACGCCUACGGUGAUGCCCGACGUGUCGAAGGUCACGAAGGGUCGGCCAAUCGCCUCGCGCAGCAGCAGCAGCGGCAGCAGCGUCGGCCAGCAGUCGAUCGUGAACGGUCGACCGGUCGGCGACAAGACGUCCGUCACGAAGAGCAAGCUGGUGCAGCCGCGAGCUGCCGGCGCCAAGAGCCACAGCUUUAUGCGGCCUACGGCCGCCAGCGUCAACAAGGGUUCCAUACCGAACCUGCCCAAGAGCAUCAAAGCUAUGGUCAAGUGAUAUCCCUUCUUUCGUCCGGGGGAAACUUGUCAUCUUGUCGUUCAUCGCGACGCCGUCGAGAGAUCCCAGUCGACUCGGCUUAGCAAUUACAACGUUCGACAAAUAACGAGAUCACAUAGAACGAAAUCAGCGGGUCUCCUCGACGAUCUCGUAGCCAAUAUCAAAAUCCUGCCCAGUAAGCAAGAAACAUUAAAUCAAUUUCCCGAAACAUUGAUUUUAUGCGAAUUUUAUAAGCACAUUUCGACAUAAUAUUUUAUGUGUUUUUUAAUUGUUAUUUGAUGAUAUAGUACUCUUAAAUACGAAAAUCAUAGUGUAUUAUUAUUUUUCAUGUUGUUACAAAUAUCGUUAACAGUGACGUUGUACACAACAUAAAGAACUACAUAUUUGAAAAUAUUACAUGUUAUAAAAUAUCAUUGUUGUAAUAACGUAGUGUUGAUGAUUUCUCGCUUACUGGAUAAGAACGACGAUCGGUUGGGCGGACAGCCGAUCGAGAGUUAGCGUUAUCGCUAUAUUAGCCCGCAAAAUUAGAUAACGAAUUAUCAAUUAUUUUAGUACAUAUACAAUCGUCCCUUCGCAGCGCCGAGGGACAAAAUAAGCAGAGACCAUAUUCCUCUGAUACGCGCACUACCAACACACACACACACACGCACACGCACAUACAUACACACAUGUACACGUACAAA